CAGGUGUUGUUAAGAAUGGUGACUCUAAAGUAUUACGUAAUAAUCAACAUGGCACGAGAGACGCUGAUAGUCGUGGUGGCGGCGCUGGCUCUGGGCCUUCUAAAUGGCACAUUCGGAGCUUCGGCCCAACAGCUGCAAGACAACUCCAUGUCCGAUCCAGAAAUUUCAAAUUCUUUCGACAAGGGCGCUGUGCUUGGAGAAGCUUGCGUCAUCAACAAGCACUGUGGUGUUGCAAAGAGUGUGUGCAAGCAAGGGAGAUGCAGCUGCCCUGAGCAUUAUCUUCAGGUGGAUAAGACUAAGUGUUUACCUGGUGUGCUCCUCGGCUUCCGGUGCCAAGUCGACGCCCAGUGCAGCAUGCGGGUGAGCCACUCGGCGUGCAUCCAGGGCUUCUGCAGGUGCGGCGCCAACUACGUCCCCUACAGGAGGAACAACUGCCUCAAACAGGCCGCGCUGGGACAAGUCUGCCGGACCCACGAGCAGUGCCGCCUCGGUGCCUCUGGCAGCUUCUGCAACUUCAUAGUGCCACGAGUCUACGGCCAUUGCCAGUGCCUCGAUCUGGCCCCGCGCAUCGGCAACACCUGCGGACACGUGCGAUACACUCUCGGCUCCCCCUGUGGCACGAGCGCCCAGUGCAGCGCCCACGUGCCCGGCGCCGUGUGUGUCAUCCAGGAGACCGAGGUGUCCAGGGAGAGGGCCUCCCCCAACAGCAUCUCCGCCAUACCCGGAGUGUUCCCGAUGCCCAUAGGCGUGCCCAAGGCGGUGUGCGCGUGUCCCAAGGGGCAUCUGGAGGGCGAGGACGGGGCCAGGUGCAUCCCCGUGCUCAAAGACGCCGGCGUCAUCCCCGCCUCCCUGGGUCAGCGCUGUGAGUCGUCGCGCCAGUGCAGGGAGUCGGACCCCUACACGUUCUGCCGGGGGGGCGUGUGCCACUGCAUAGCCGACACGCCCCAGUGCUCCGCCUCCAACACAGGCUGCCACAAGGACACUUUCCAGUGCGCUUCGGACGGCCGCUGCCUCAGCUGGUACUUCGUCUGCAACGGCGUCAGGGACUGCUUUGACGGCUCGGACGAGGACUCUUGCGUGCCCCACAGGUGUCCGAAGCUGGCCUACACCUGCGCUGACGGCACCUGCAUCUCCAGGGCGCGGCUGUGCGACGGGAAGGUGCACUGUCCGGACGGCUCUGACGAAGCCAACUGCCGCGGGGUCGAGCCAGUAUCUGACAAGUAA